AUGAGCCAAGUAGCGUUUUCCCUUCACCGUAACCUCCAUCAAUUCAUUGAUGAUUAUGGAGAAGCUUGCGGACCUUUAUUUCAUCCUUUUCGUCAUUUUACUGAUGAUUUGCUCCGUUUAUGGAAGGGUUUGUAUCUUUAUCGGAGGAAGAAGGGUUUGUAUCUGAAGGCUGAAGCAGGCGCCUGGAGAAUAACGGAAUUUUAA